CACACACCACCAGACUUCUGGUCCCUAUGCCCCUGGAUGGUGACGGCGGAUUGGCAUCUCGGAAGCAAUGCAAGAGCGGUAAGGCUGGCGCGGGUCCGCGGAAGCUGCAGGAGCAUCGCUAGGUGUUGCCGCCACCGGGAAGCCGGGCUGCAGGAUGAGUAAGAGAUAUUUACAGAAAGCAACAAAAGGAAAACUGCUAAUAAUAAUAUUUAUUGUAACCUUGUGGGGGAAAGUUGUAUACAGUGCAAACCACCAUAAAGCUCACCAUGUUAAAACGGGAACUUGCGAGGUGGUGGCCCUCCACAGAUGCUGUAAUAAGAACAAGAUAGAGGAGCGGUCACAAACUGUCAAGUGCUCCUGUUUCCCUGGACAGGUGGCAGGCACCACGCGAGCUGCUCCGUCCUGUGUGGAUGCUUCAAUUGUGGAACAGAAAUGGUGGUGCCAUAUGCAACCAUGUCUUGAGGGAGAGGAAUGUAAAGUUCUUCCUGAUCGGAAAGGAUGGAGCUGUUCCUCUGGGAAUAAAGUGAAAACAACAAGGGUAACCCAUUAACCAAGGAUAAGUCAAGUGAUCCUCAAGGUGGGUUGCAUUGAACAUUUGCAUAGAAACUUAACUCCUGAGGUGAACUUGAAGGAAGAUUUUUAUAUCA